AUGGAAGUGCACCUGGCCAUUCCCCCUCAAGACCUGUUGACGGUGUUAGACGUACCCAAGCCCAAAGGAGCUGGAGCUGCUACUUCUUCCACUAUUCUGACCAUUUCAAUUCCUGUGUCUGCCUCUAUUCCUAGAGUUACUCGGGCCACCUCAAAGAAAGGUACCUCACAGGGAGAUUCUCCUCAGAAGAUUCAAGAUCAACAAAAGAAGAGGAGACCUUUACUUGAGCCUGAGAAGGAAGUUUUUGAGGUGCAAGCAGAAGAAGAAGAAGAAGAAGAAGAAGAAGAAGCAGAAAAAGAGUUAACCCAAGAGCAAGAGUCUCCCCUGAAAAGAAGGAAAAGAGUGGCCGUCCCUUCUUCUAGUUUGGUUCAGGAUCUCAUGCACGAGACAAUGGUCAGAGUGGAGGAACUUACUUCGGAAGAAUUUGAAUCCCAAACUGGAGAGAAAGGAGUUGAGGAAAAACAUUCAAGGCCUGCACAAAGAAAAAGGAGAAGGAAGAUGACUGUCUCUCCUUCUGAUUUUGUUGGAGACCCUAUACAUAAGGCAGCUGCUAAGAGACUAGAAUUGAAUGACAUUGGAAUUCCAUUUGGAGAUAAUCACAAGGGUUGCAAAAUUGUGAUGACUUCAAGAAAUAAAGAUGUAUGCAACAGUAUGGGCACACACGAGAAUUUUGAGAUUGGCGUCUUACAUAAAGAAGAAGCAUGGAAUCUUUUUAAGGAGAUGGCUGAAAUUUCAGACGAAGGUACAAGUCACUCAACUGGUUUGCAGUUGACGCAGAUGGCAGUUGCAAAGGAAUGCGGAGGCUUGCCGAUUGCUAUUGCUACAGUCGGGAGGGCACUUAGAUGCAAAAACAAGUAUUCAUGGGAUUCUGCUCUUGAACAAUUACGAAAGUCAUUGGUCAAAAACAUUAGUGGAGUGGAUGAAAAGGUGUUUAAAUCUCUAGAGUUGAGUUAUGAUUCCCUUGAUAGUGAUGAAGCCAAGAAAUGCUUUCUGCUCUGUUCUUUAUAUCCGGAAGAUUUUGAUAUUCCAAUUGAAGAUCUCGUUAGAUAUGCGAUUGGGAUAGAGUUGUUUGAGCGCAUUGAUAGUGUGCACCAAGCAAGAAACAGAGUACAUUCCUUAGUUGAUGACUUAAAAAAAUGCUAUCUAUUGAUGGAAAAUAAAAAUGAAGAGUAUCUAUUGAUGGGAAGUAAAAAUUUAGAGUGUAUCAAAAUGCAUGAUGUCGUACGUGAUGUGGCUAUAUCAAUUGCAUCUAGGGAGGAGCAUUCGAUUGUUGUGAGAUGUGAUGAAGUAUUGAAAGAAUGGCCCAAGAAAGACCGACUCGAAAAAAAGGCUAUAAUUUCAUUAAAAGUUGAUGGCAUGCAUGGGCUUCCUGGUAAUUUAGAAUUUCCAAAUCUCCAUCUUCUAAAGCUAGAUUGCAAUGCUGGAUUACUACCAAUCUCAUUACAUGAUCUCAACAAAGGAAUGGAGGAAGUCAAAGUACAAGAGACCCUGGAUCUUUAA